AUGACAACCUUAAAUUUAAUCACAAAUAUUAAAUAAAUAGAAAAAUAUGAAGCUAAAGGUGACCAUUAAAUAUUACUGAAGGUAUUUAUAAUUCAAAGGUUUCUCUCAAAUUUAAUAAUGAAUUUAAAGAAUCAAAGUCAAUUAAUGUUUGAAAUAACUUAAUUAGCUUUUAGUACCAGAUUGUAAGCGAGAUAUUAAUUAUAACAGUUAAAUCACCUCAUCUAUUUUAAUUUUAAUCAGUCAAUCUCCUUCCUUCCUGGUCUGAUUGACAAUAUCUCAGUCUCAAAAUAAUGUUAUAAUAUUGGAUAAAAAGUUAAAAAGAAAAAUUUAUGUAAUCUAAAAUUUUUUUCUAUACUCGAAGAAAAAUGUAAUUUCUAUCAAGUGAAAAAAAAAAGUAAAAUUUUAAAGUUAUUUUCUUUAUUCAAAUACUUGAAUGUCAUUAAAUUUGGUUCGUUAAUGUUUAAAUUAAUUUCAUAUAAUUAAUGCAAAAAUACUUGA